AUGCCUUUUCGCUGCAAGUGUGGUAAGACUUUUGAAAAGGCAGACACCUUUGCAACGCACACUUCAGGAUGUGCCCUCUUUCAUCACCGUCGUAUGUCUGAAUCCAGUGCACUUUUACUCAACCGAGGGAUGCAAUCAACCACUUCUCCUAUCAGUAUACCUGAAUCACAACAGCAACAACAACCAUCAUCAUCAUCGUCACCACCCUCACAGCAUCCAUUGGCAACAUCAACUCCCAACUCGGCUGGCCCGAUAUCAUCGGAACAGAACAAUCGGGCGAGUUUUUCAUCAGUAGGGAGCGGAUACUUUAUGCCAACAGGGCUUUCUCUUCAUUAUGCAUUUGAGGAUGCUGUUCGAAAGCGAUCCAUGUCAUAUGGUGACACCAACCACACCACCACCACAGGCGAUGGGCCAUCGUCUCCCGUGGAAUGA